GGCCGCGGCCAGGGCGGCCGGUGGGACCGCGGGUCCCCGGCGCAGCGCCGCCCGGCUCCCGGCCCUGCCGGCCUCCUCUCUCGGCGCCGCAGCCAUGGCGGCCAGCGCGAAGCGGAAGCAGGAGGAGAAGCACCUGAAGAUGCUGCGGGACAUGACCGGCCUCCCGCACAACCGAAAGUGCUUCGACUGCGACCAGCGUGGCCCCACCUACGUGAACAUGACGGUCGGCUCCUUCGUCUGUACCUCCUGUUCCGGCAGCCUGCGAGGGUUAAAUCCACCACACAGGGUGAAAUCCAUCUCCAUGACAACAUUCACACAACAGGAAAUUGAAUUCCUUCAAAAACAUGGGAAUGAAGUCUGUAAACAGAUUUGGCUAGGAUUAUUUGAUGAUAGAUCUUCAGCAAUUCCAGACUUCAGGGAUCCACAAAAAGUGAAAGAGUUCCUACAAGAAAAAUAUGAAAAGAAAAGAUGGUAUGUCCCACCAGAACAAGCCAAAGUGGUGGCAUCAGUUCAUGCAUCUAUUUCAGGGUCCUCUGCCAGUAGCACAAGCAGCACACCUGAGGUCAAACCACUGAAAUCUCUUUUAGGAGAUUCAGCACCAGCACUGCAUUUAAAUAAGGGCACACCUAGUCAGUCUCCUGUUGUAGGUCGCUCUCAAGGGCAGCAGCAGGAAAAGAAGCAGUUUGACCUUUUAAGUGAUCUUGGCUCAGACAUCUUUGCUGCUCCAGCACCUCAGUCAACAGCUACAGCCAAUUUUGCAAACUUUGCACAUUUCAACAGUCAUGCAGCUCAGAAUUCUGCAAAUGCAGAUUUUGCAAACUUUGAUGCAUUUGGACAGUCUAGUGGUUCGAGUAAUUUUGGAGGUUUCCCCACAGCAAGCCACUCUUCUUUUCAGCCCCAAUCUACAGCAUUUAGAAUGCUUUCAUCUAGCUGCAGUUUUGGUGAAUUUACUUCAGCUUUUCCUCUCCAGGCUUCCAACAGUGGAAGUGCUGGAUCAGUAAAUGCUAAUUUUGCUCAUUUUGAUAACUUCCCCAAAUCCUCCAGUGCUGAUUUUGGAAGCUUCAAUACUUCCCAGAGUCAUCAAACAGCAUCAACUGUUAGUAAAGUUUCAGCGAACAAAGCUGGUCUACAGACUACAGACAAAUAUGCGGCACUUGCUAAUUUAGACAAUAUCUUUAGUGCCGGGCAAGGUGGUGAUCAGGGUAGUGGGUUUGGGACCACAGGUAAAGCUCCUGUUGGUUCUGUGGUUUCAGUUCCCAGUCAGUCAAGUGCAUCUUCAGACAAGUAUGCAGCCCUAGCAGAACUGGACAGCGUUUUCAGCUCCGCGGCCACCUCCAGUAACGCAUAUUCUUCCACAAGUAAUGCUAGCAGUAAUGUUUUUGGAACAGUGCCAGUGGGUGCUUCUGCACAGACACAGCCUGCUUCUUCAAGUGUGCCUGCUCCAUUUGGAGCUACACCUUCCACAAAUCCAUUUGUUGCUGCUGCUGGUCCUUCUGUGGCAUCUUCUACAAACCCAUUUCAGACCAAUGCCAGAGGAGCAACAGCAGCGACCUUCGGCACGGCAUCCAUGAGCAUGCCUGCGGGGUUUGGGACUCCCACGCCCUACAGUCUUCCCACCAGCUUUAGUGGCAGCUUCCAGCAGCCGGCCUUCCCAGCCCAAGCAGCUUUCCCUCAGCAGACAGCCUUUUCUCAACAGCCCAAUGGUGCAGGUUUUGCAGCAUUUGGACAAACAAAGCCAGUGGUAACCCCUUUUGGUCAAGUUGCAGCUGCUGGAGUAUCUAGUAAUCCUUUUAUGACCGGUGCACCGGCAGGACAAUUUCCAACAGGAAGCUCAUCAACCAAUCCUUUCUUAUAGCCUUAUAUAGACACUUUACUGGAACGAACUUUUACAUGGUCACAUUACAUCUCUCCGCCUCUUGCACUGUUGUCUUGUUUCACUGAUCCUAGCUUUAAACACAAGAGAAGUCUUUAAAAAGCCUGCAUUGUGUAUUAAACACCAGGAAAUAUGUGCAAAACAGAGGGCUCCAGUAACAACUUUUAACCUGUGAAUUGGCAAAAAAAGUAGCGGUAUCAUGUAUAUUAAAAAUUGGCUAAUAUUAAGUUAUUGCAGAUACCACAUUCAUUAUGCUGCAGUACUGUACAUAUUUUUCUUAGAAAUUAGCUAUUUGUGCAUAUCAGUAUUUGUAACUUUAACACAUUGUUAUGUGAGAAAUGUUACUGGGGAAAUAGAUCAGCCACUUUUAAGGUGCUGUCAUAUAUCUUGGAAUGAAUGACCUAAAAUCAUUUUAACCAUUGCUUCUGGAAAGUUACAGAGUCAGAAUUGGAAGGUUUUAUUCAUUCUUGAAUUUUUCCUUUCUAAAGAGCUCUUCUAUUUAUACAUGCCUAAAUUCUUUAAAAAUGUAGAGGGAUACCUGUCUGCAUAAUAAAGCUGGUCAUGUUUUGCUACAGUUUGCAGGUGAAAAAAAAUAAAUACUAGAAAAUA